AGGAUGUCCAAAAAAGACCAAUACUAUUACGACACAAAAUCAGACCUGGCCAGGCAUGUCUGAUGGAAGGAAAGACUCGGGAAGGAAGAAGGUAGCUACCUCAAGUCCAUGGGGCACUGUUUGACGAAAGGCAUGAUCAAGAAGGUCCCUGUCAUUACAGAGGAGUACGAGAGACUUCCAGAGGAGGCUAAGGAAGACCCUCUCAAGUUAUUCCAGGCUAUUAACGACCCUAAUAACGCCAAAGGAUCUUAUUUUUACAAGAUGAAAGCUUUCUUCGACGAUGAGAAAAAUAACGACAAGAAUCUUAAGAAGAAAAAUGUUGAUGUAAAAUUCGAGUCUAGGCAAAUUAAAGAUCUUGAAGCCCCAUUUGCUAGUUACCCUAUGCCUAAUUUGAAAUCGAUGAAGAUAGAGAAGCAAGUGAAGCCAAAGUUUGUUUCCUUGCCACCGAUGAAUGAGAACUAUCGCCCACAGAGGAAGCAGUACUCUCCUCGUGAGGUUAAGCAAUAUAUGACUAGUACUAUUGACCUCUCCCAGCCGGAUUUCACUUUUUGUAAAAUUAAGAACAUUGAAAAACAUUCUGAGUAUGUAAAGAUGAUGCAACUCUAUGCUUCAGACAAGAAGUUCCAGGAGAAGUAUGGAAAGCAAAGAAAGCCUCGUAAAUUAGGUAAAUCCUCAAGCCAGCCAGACCUGCAAUUAUCAAAGACAGACAAGAACGUAUUUGUUCGAAACAGUAUGUUGAUCCUGCCUCAUCUCAAUGCUAAGAAUGCAAGCAUCCUGGCCGAAGGUGGCAAGAAGAUGGUAAGGAACCAGACCCAGGGCAUCAAAAUUAAUCUGUAAUUCCACCGAUAAGUUCUCUAUGAGGAGUCGUA